UACUUAAAUAUUUUAAAAUAGUAGUUAUUGAAAAAGAUGCGCAGGCGGGGCCGCAGUGUGGGCUGCAAUUCCACCGAAUCAGAGCUGUCAGAAACUGAUUCAUCAGAAGGCGACUACAGAAUAACUUUGAGAAGUAGUGGUCGUUCUGAUUCUGUAACGUCGGCUGAUAGUUCACAUGCAGCAUCAUUGGAGAAAAGCAAAGUACUUCAAGAUCGUUCAAGCAACCAAAAAAUUUACCCAAAAAAGAAGCUUAAAAAAUUAAAGCAGAAAAAGAGACCAAUAAAAAAUAAAUCCGACAAUAUCAGCAGUUCUAAUGCAGAAUCCGAUAGUGAAUCUGCGAUUCCAGUUCGAAUGAGAACAAGAGCAUCUGGCCAUGACACUGACAAUGAUAUUGAACCUUUGAUGAAAAGUCCGAAGCGACAUAAAAUAGAUGAAACUUCUAGUAUUUCAUCAAACGCUAACAACCAAUCACCAAAACGUUCAAGUCCUAAAAAGGUACCUGAUACUGGAAACGAUGAAGUAAUAGCACGAGUCAUUGCUGACACCGCUAAUGGUCGGCUCCGCCAGCGCAAAGUAAUUCCUUCGUAUAACAUUGACCUAAAACAUUGUCCGACUCCUAGCUGUGAUUCACAAGGUCAUUUAACUGGUCGAUUUGAACGUCAUUUCACAUUAGCUGCAUGUCCGUUAUAUCACAAUUUAACACCUGAAAACUGCAAAGCAAAUCAUGAAGCUUACAAGCGCAUUCGAGAGGAAAGAGAAUUUGAAUUGAAGAAUGAUAGAACACCAAUGCAUAACACACGAAAACAAUCUGAUAGCGGUCCGAACGAAACACAACAAAAAUAUAAAAACUCUGUCAAUGAGUUGAGAUCACAACAUUUUGAAAAGCAAUCAGAAAAACUAAAAAAUCUUGACAGACAAAAACAUGGCUUGAACAGAGAACCAUUGCUCGAAGGUUUGACUUCUGAUUAUGAUCUGGAAUUAUUUCGGCGGGCUCAGAUGUUAGCUUCGGAGGAGCUCGAAAAGGAGAUGGAUAAAAUUACUAAUGCAGCAUCGACUACUUCUCAAGAUCGCAAAAUAAAGAAAAUUGAAAUUGGUAGAUUUGAGAUGGAUACUUGGUAUGCGUCACCCUAUCCUGAAGAAUAUGUGAGAUUGUCAAAGUUAUAUAUUUGUGAAUUUUGUUUAAAAUAUAUAAAAAGUGGAACAAUACUGAGAAGACACAUGGCAAAAUGCGUUUGGCGACACCCUCCUGGUGAUGAAAUAUACCGCAAGGGGACAAUUUCAGUUUUUGAAGUGGACGGACAAAAGAAUAAAAUUUAUUGUCAAAACCUAUGUCUGUUAGCAAAAUUAUUUCUAGACCACAAGACUCUUUAUUAUGAUGUGGAGCCAUUUCUUUUCUACGUAAUGACUGAAGCUGAUAUGAUGGGAUGUCAUAUGGUUGGAUAUUUUUCUAAAGAAAAAAAUUCGUUUUUAAAUUACAAUGUAUCCUGUAUCCUUACAAUGCCACAGUAUAUGCGUAAAGGGUAUGGAAAAAUGCUUAUUGAUUUCAGCUAUCUGUUAUCUCAGAAAGAAGGCAAAACUGGUUCACCUGAACGACCGCUAUCUGACUUGGGACUGUUAUCUUAUAGAAGUUACUGGACUGACGUCAUAUUAAAAUAUUUAUGUGAAAAAGAUUCGGUUGACGAAGUUUCAAUUCGGGAUAUAAGUCAAGAAACUGCAGUCAAUCCGGCUGAUAUUGUAAGCACUUUACAGGCUUUACAAAUGCUUAAAUAUUGGAAGGGUAAACACAUCAUUCUAAAGAAACAGGAACUAAUUGAUGUUUGGGUCAAAAAACAAGAAAAGAAGAAAAGUGAAUUUGUACAACAACGGAAUAUUGAUGCAGAAUUUUUGAAAUGGACUCCUCCAAAUAAAGCUGUUGGGAGCUAACAUAAGAUAAUUUUUUGCAUGAAAAUGACUGAGAAUUAAUGUUUUAAAUUGUUGCAACUCUUAUUAAUUCAGCUUAUUGAUAACUAAACAAGCUUAAGAGUAUUUCAAUUAGAUAAUUCACAUCUUCACAAGGGCUUCUAGCAAGCAAGUUUUUUUACAGAAAGAGCUAUGUUUUGCUUUGCUAUGUCCUUCAAGAUGUUUUUGGAAGGACCACAAAUUUUUAUGGUUCAGUAUAGCCAACCCAGCUUGGAUGAGCUGGUGGGCAGGGUAUUAUAACCAGAGAUCUCUCAAUCAUAGUUAGCCCUAUGUGCCUACCUUAGUGGUAUUUGUACAAGGAUUUCAAGCUUUUGGGUUAUUGUGAGGCGCGGGAAUGUGCUCCAUUUAAUACGGAUUUCAUGUGAAAUUAAGAGCUCUUUUCUUACAAUGCGCUACUUAUUGCCAUCAAUAAUACAUUUAUUUGUAUUAUUGAUAAGUCAUAUAACUGGUUUUUGUUUCAUACGCUCACUAGUCGAUGUAUUUAAGUUAUUCCUUCAUUGUGUGAACUGCCUGCCUGAUAUAUAUUGUUACAUUCUAUUGUCCAAAUGCGUUUGUGCUCUUGUGUUUAUGAGAUUUGUAUCAUUCCCACUGAAUUAAGUUCUUGUACCACAUGACUCAUGAGCAUUAUCACCACUGAAAUUCGAUAGAAAUCUAAAACUGGUCCAAGUUCAGCAUUUCAGUAUGAUUUGAUAAUGUAGCAUCAAAAUUUUAUGUCUUAUUUGAUCUGAACAGGCGUCAAAUUUUCCUCACUAAAGUCAUUUUUGGCAUUGAUUGAAAGUGUCGAUUUCGUCUGCAUUGCCUUUUGUCAUUGAUUCGCUUCAAUUGCUGCACUACUUGACUCAACUUCACCACUAAAUUUGGUUGAUACAAAGCAGGUAACAUGCUGAUAAAAAGAUGGCACUGGGCUGGAAAGAAAUGCCUGUAAAUAGAUUUGGUGAUUUUAUAUAUUUACUUGGCAUUGAUUGAGUUAUUGAAUAUUGUUUGAUAGAUUGAGACCCAUACUUCAACCCUGUCAUAUACACCAUCAUAAGCUGAUUGGCAAUCAUCACGCGUCCGCGCUAUAUUAUUUGCAAAUGAUUUUUCAAAUUGAAUUUGAGAUACGGUUUUUAUCCUGAUCAAAUUUCAACAAUGGACCAUAUUAAUGACAUUUUUAAACAAUUUAAACUUGAACACAGUUCUUUGUCUCAUCGACAAACGCCAGGUCAACCUUUAGUUCAACAGUGAUAAUAC